GAAUGCGACGUGCCCGCGUAGUACGAGGACCUGGUCACCCGAUGACCACCACGCAGCAUGAGCUUGAGCAAUUGCGUGAUGAGAUGGAGGACACAGAUUCAGAGGAUGGUUGGAGCCCAAAGGUCACUGCGCGUGACAGGCAGAUCUCAAGAGGAACUGACAGGUUGACGACUGUCGAGGAUCUUGACAACGAACCUGCGGAUGUAUUUUUCCAUGUUGAUAUGUAUGACUCCGUGUUGGUUGCUGCCUUUGGCGGCGUCACCAUGAACCUCGAUGGCUCCGAUGAGUUGCACGUUCAUCCGGGCAUCCUGUUUUUGUUUUGCAUACCCUUGGUGUUGCUGCAGUUCUGGGUAACAUUUUGUACUACCUUCGGAAUGCCUGCAUAUUGGAGAUCUUUGGACAUCAGCACAGAGGAAAGCAUGGUCAUCAGCAUGAAAUUGUUGUUGAUUGUGGUAGUCCAGCUGUCAUUUUUUGACAACAUGCUAAUGACGCUGCGGUGUUUCGUGUUCGUGAUCAAUCCCACAACUUGGACAGACGUGAAGCGUAUUGACCCGGAAGACACAAGGACAGGUCGAUCCAGGCUAAACGUGCUUCACUGGUCACCUUUUUUGGCACCAUUCCCAAUUAUGGCAUUGCUGACCAAAGUGAUGAUGCAGUAUUGGGUCUCCGUGCAGUCCAUGAGCAUCAUCAUGGCUAGUGACAAUGUCAAAGAGGCAGUUUUUGAUGCCCUUGCAAUCAGCUUUAUUGUGGAGCUUGAUGUGGCAAUGUGGAAUUUAGUGAAAACCAUUAUGCACCUGGACAACUUUGAGAACUUCACGUUCCAGCUUUGGCCGCUGACAAGGAGACUAAGAGCGAUGGAUUCGAGCCCGCUGGCUAAGAUGUUCGACUUCCCUGUGCUGCAUCGCGGCCGAGGUGCUCGUCGGCUGGAAAACUUCAUUGUUUUCACUGUGCUCUUCGUGCUCUACUCUAGGAUAACGCUUGUCUCCUUCCAUGCUGCAGACUCCGGAAUACUUCCAGCGUCAAGAGACGUGUGUGCCAUGUGGUCCUGGUAUAAAGAUGACUUCCGGACCUGGGAAGACACUUUGAAAGGCUACAUGGUCUUGGAGUUGCUCGAAGCCUUCUCUUGCAUGUCGAAGUUCCCCUGGGAUAUCAAACAAGAGAUCUCCAAGAUGGCAGAUCCGGACUUGGGCGGGUAUUGCACAGAGGACUUUCGACCACUUUCUUUCCAGAAGGCAAUGGAGCUGUGCAAACAGCAUCCGAGAAGUUCGCUUUUGUUUUUGUUAGCAUUUUCAAGCUUGCUUCUCCUGCCACAAUUGGUUUACUCGACCGGGGCUUUGCAAGAGGUGAUGAAAAACCUGGACUUCGCAGAUGACGAGCAUGAGCUAGAGGAGGAACAAGCAGACGCAGCGAUUGAACAAAGCAUGCUAAACGCGAGAAAGAUCAAACAUCUUGGCCGUGUGGUGAGCAACCACAUAGUGGAGUUGAACAAGAGAAUGCGGAAGUAUGAAAAGAUGCUGCUCACAGGCGUGUCCCCUCAGAAUGGGCAGGCCAUGGCAGCAGGAUAUGCGGCUGUCCCUUCCAAGGAGCCUGCUAGAUUCGCCAAUGGAACGGCAGCUUACUCGGCUCAGGAGCCUGCCAGAUUGGCCAAUGGAACAGCAGCUUACUCAGCUCAGGUCUCUGCAACCCCACCUGCUUUGAGCCCUCAGGGUUCCAGGAGUACACUGUCAUACGGCUCUCAGAAAGGGACCCAACAGCCACUGAUGUCUUUGUCACCUCCUGUUGCCUACAACGGAUAUUCAUUGCCACGGCGUGUCCCGUAAAGCCUCUGUUUCGGGGUAGUGGACGAGGACAGGAGACACCGAGCGACUCGAGAUGUCUGACCUGAGCACCGUGAUCUCAACUCUUCCAGCACUAACGGCUAGGGCCGCUAGUGCUUGCGCUUUUUGAGGCCAAAUUGUUUGUUUGCGCUUGCGGCGCUGGCGACGCUGGCGCUUUGGCCUCCCGACAUUGCAAGCUUUGUAGAUAGACAGCCUGGCAGGCACAUGGUUUUCAUUUGCUGACACUGGCGGUUCAACUCUUUGUAACGC